AUGACUACGACACAAAAAGAUGUACCUACAAGCCCACAGUUGUAUUUUGACGAGGAGGACAGGACAGAUGAGGCUUUGUCAACAUUUGGCCAACUAAAGUCCUGUACCUACUUAAAUAAACUGAUCGGCUCAAGUGGUCAAGAAGAAGCCAUCACUUGUGAUUGUUCCAAGAAAUUUAUUGACGGUCAAAAUGUUGCCUGUGGAGAGAACUCCGACUGUAUAAAUCGUUUAACUUCAGUGGAGUGUAUAGACACUCAUUGUUAUACUUGUGGCCCCGAGUGCCGUAAUCAAAGAUUCCAGAAUAGAGAGUAUUCUAAGAUUUCGGUCUUCCAAACAGAAAAAAAAGGUUAUGGUGUGCGUGCGGAGGCAGAUUUGGCACAAGGCCAAUUUGUUUAUGAAUACAUUGGCGAAGUCAUAGAUGAGAAGAAUUUUAAGAAAAGAAUGAUGGAUUAUGACAGAGAGGGCAUCAAACACUUUUAUUUCAUGAUGUUACAGAAGAAUGAGUUCAUUGAUGCCACCAAAAAAGGAUGCUUGGCAAGGUUCUGUAAUCAUUCUUGUAGCCCAAAUGCCUACGUCGAUAAGUGGGUGGUGGGCAACAAGUUGAGAAUGGGGAUCUUUGCCAAAAGAGAUAUUAUUGAGGGUGAAGAAAUUUGUUUUGAUUAUAAUGUUGAUAGAUAUGGUGCCGUUGCUCAACCAUGCUAUUGCGGAGAAUCAAAUUGUAUUGGCUUUUUAGGUGGUAAAACUCAGACAGAUUCAGCUAGCUUAUUGCCACAAGCUUUAGCUGAUGCUUUGGGUAUAACAGGAUCACAAGAAAAGGAAUGGGUCAAAUCUAAAAGAAAGAAUAAUAAGAAGUUUAAGGUCAAUAAUAAUGAAUCCAACAUCAAUGAGGAAUUUAUUUCCAUGGUUCCUAUCAAGCCUUUAGUAUCGGUUGAUGUUCCAAAGUUAAUGGGUGCUUUAAUGUUACCAAAUCAGGAGCAUUUAAUUGUCGAUAAACUUAUUGAUAGAAUUUAUAUCUCUGAAAAUCUGGCUGAUAAUGAAGAAAUCAAUAAAUUGCUCAUCAGGAUGCAUGGCUACAAGACUUUCUCCACUUUGAUGAAAGAAAUGUGGAGACGGAAGAGUUCUCAAUUCAACACAUUAUACAAAAUGGUUGAGAUUUUAUUGAGAUGGCCUGCUAUGAGUAAAAACAAGAUCACGAGCUCACAAAUCGAGGACGUUAUAAAAAGCAUUUCGGAAGAGGCUGAACAAUAUUCAGAAGGUAAUCUUACAGAUGAUAUUGGCAACAUAAAGCCGUACAAGUUUUAUGAGCUUCAUGAAAAAACUCUGGAAUUGCUUAGUGUUUGGAAUAAAUUGCAAAUGGCUUUUAGAAUUCGUAAAGCUGCUGAUGGCAAUGGAUCUAUCCCAACUUACAACUUCAGUAGAAGAAAGGGCGAAGAUGCUGAUUAUGGUGAAGAGGAUAAGACAACUUUAGAACAACAGAACAAUAAUGACUAUUAUAAUAAUGGAAAUGGUGACUAUUAUAACAAGGCCCAGACAAACUAUGAUGAAUAUGGCAAUUAUAAUGAUGGUUACAAUUAUAGUAGCAAUGGGUAUAACGAUGAUGGGUACGGCAAUAAUGGGUAUAAUAAGGGCGGCUAUAGAAAAUAUAACAAUAGUUAUACAGGAAACAACAAACGAGGAAAAGACAAUAAUGGUUAUAAUAAUUAUAAGGAUAACGUUGUCUACAAUUUACCAAAUACCCAAAACUUUGCACCUCGUAAAAAGGGAUAUACAAAUGACAAUUAUGGUGCCAAUUCUCAUUAUGAUGAUGAACAAGACAAACGGUUUAGAGAAUAUAAGGAACAAAUUGAGAAUGAAAAUAAAAAAUUAGAAGAGAUAAGACUCCAGCAAAUCGCCCAACAACAAGAGACAGUUUCAAGGAUCAUUGAAGAUGCUCGGAAGGCGGACAUGGAAAGAAAGAAGCAGGAAGAAGCAGCUCUUGAAAAAGAGAAAAAAGGGAAAGAUCCAAGGGCCAACAAGAAACCUAUACCUAAGAAAAUGGAUUAUGAGGUGGCCUUGAAAGUAUGGACGAAAUUGUUCGCUGGUUAUGUUCCAAAUAUGAUUAAAAAAUAUGAAGCAGAAAUUGGAAGAGAUAAACUUAAAGCCUGUGCCAAGGAUAUUGUUCAAAUAUUAUCAGAUAAGGAAAUUAAGAGAAAUGGCCUUACAUUCAGACCUCCGAAGGAACUAAAGGAAGACAAAAUUAAAAAGGUAAAAGUUUACACAAAAGAUUACAUGAAAAAAUGGAUGAGCAAAUAUAAUAUUAGAUCCCAUAAAAAGUCAAGUAACAAAAGCGAGCGCUCAAAAACUGAGACUAAAAAAUCUAAUUCCGUUACCGAUAUAUCUGGAGACACCCCUGAUAAGGAAAGUGCUGCCAAUUUAUUGAAUAACCUACAAAUUUUGAUUGCAAAUGGAAAGCGUGAAAAUGAGGGAGAAGAAGGUGAAAAUGAAGACACCAAGAAACAAAAGAUUGAGGUUCCUGAUGAAGGAGAAUGA